UUCAGUUUCAGCCGCACAUAAUGCCCCGAGACAACUCCAGAUCACAGUCACCCGUCUCCCGGCCCUCUGGCGACAGGCAUUAUCGGGACCGCAGCGACCCUCCUAAACGUAAACACAAUUCCGACGAAGCAUCGCACCAGCCUUACAGAAAGAAGGUCCAGCUGCCAAAAAAGGAACACCAGUACCCUUCCGUCAACGAAUUGAAGAAGCGCAUUCGCGAUGUCAAACGUCUUUUGAAUCGAGUGGAUCUCCCGGCAGAUGCACGCAUUGUGCAGGAGCGUGCCCUCGCUGGUUACGAGAAUGAUCUAGAGGAGGAAGAGAACCGACGGGAGCGGUCGAAGAUGAUCAAGAAAUACCACUUUGUUCGAUUCUUGGAUCGCAAAACCGCUUCCAAAGAUGUCAAGCGCCUCGAACGUCGCCAAAAGGAGGUUUCAGACUCCGGUCUAGACUCCGCAGCCAAAGAACAGAAACUCGCCGCUCUUGCGCAAAAGCUCCGUGUCGCUCGUGUCAAUUUGAACUACACCAUCUACUACCCUCUAGCGGAGAGAUAUGUCGCUCUAUACGCUGAUGCGAAGAAGAAAAAGGAUCAGGCGAAGGAUGGAGACAACGAUGAAGACGGCGAUGCAGGCUAUACACUUGUUCAUGUGAAUGCUGCUGAUAAGCCAGCUAUGUGGCACACCGUGGAGAAGUGUAUGAAGGACGGAACCCUCGAACUUCUGCGCGACGGAAAAUUGAAGAACGGAGAGUCUGGUACUGAAACAAAGAAGAAAGCCAACAUGGACAAGAAGAAGACCGGUGUUCGUGAUUCUGCGCGGCACAAGGACACCACGAAGACUAGCGUCAAGCCGCAAGGAAGAGAGGACAAGAAAGCGAAGGACUCGAGAGGAUCUUCUUCUAAGAACGAUAGUCGCUAUACCCGGGCACGCCAGAGCUCACCCGACGACAAUGGCGAUGAGAGCGACGGGGGUUUCUUUGAGAUGUAAUCGCUAUGGAGAGGAAGUGGUGUAUCAGGUAUUGUUGCAUUUUCAGGAGUUGGUUCGUGUCGGUUAUUCUGUCUUUAACCUCCUUCAAGCUGUCUUUCAAAAAGCAUCUUUUUUACGUCGUAUGCGAUACCCAACGUUAAGACUGGGCCAUUGACCUGCUCAGUUCAUUGUAUGUACCUAGUGCAGUUACGCUAUUACAAUUGAGGACAUGAUUAUAGAAG